CCUCCGUCCCCGUGUGCUUCCCCGGGCUCCUUCCCUUCCCUCGCCUCCGAGCUCUGGCGAGGCCCGGGCCCGGCCGCAGGGGCGAGCCCCUGGCACAAGAGCUUCGGGGAGAGCGCGGUUUUUUCCCGCUCUGCGGACCAAGGGGCUGCUUUUGCUCCGGUUUCGGUGAGGAAACCGCUUAAAAUUGUGUAAAGGAGGCCCCGGCCGCGUUCUCCUUGAGGAGCUGUGAGGAAUGCCUGUCAGAAAGCAAGAGCUUGCUGGAGAUGUGAAGCAGCAUUGUCUGUUAGCAUUGUUGCUUUUUCCCGGCACCCAUAGAGGGUUGUGUAACCCAAUAAAUUGCAAAUGAGAAGCAAAGUGAGAUGACUUAACUUGUUUUACAAUAUAUGACUAAUGGCUGGCAUGGUCUGUGAGAUCGCUGAAGUAUAGCAGCGUUGGGAAGCAUCUCUCACCUUAUGCCUCACUGUUUGUGCUACCCCAAGUUCUCUGUGUCUUUUCUCAGUUGUGCACAGGUUGGUUAAUCCCAGGAAUAUGAAUUUGGGCAGAUACGUGCCUAAAAUCAACAGCAAACUCUCUUUCUGAUCUCCUCGCUCUCUGGCCUCAACAGAGGGUUUGUUUUGGAGUAAAAAAAUAAUUGAAAAGGCUGUUUUGGUUUCCAUUUAAAGAUGAUUAAAAUGUGGUUGUGUUUUUCUUUAGAAUUUGUGUAGAGGGGUAAACUGUCUGGAUUUCUUUUUUUCUGUCUGUGAGUAGGAAUUUCCAGCAGAUUACAUAGAUGUUUAGAAAAGCAGGUAUUUGGUUCCGAUAGAAGGUGAAUAUUUGUGAUGCCAUUUGAAGAAAGCAUUUGUUAGCCAAGAUAUUUUGGUGAUCAGGUGUUGAAACCAAAUGUCAAUGACUGUGACUUCAUGACAAAAAUAAGGGUGGAAGGAAGGUAAUAUUUAUAUUUUUAGUGGAAAAUGGAAGCUUCUGGUCUCUUCCUUUCCCAGCUGCCUGCAGGGAGCCUGCAGCUCACUCUCUACCAGUAUAAAACGUGUCCUUUCUGCAGCAAAGUCCGAGCUUUUCUUGAUUAUCAUGGACUGCCCUAUGAAAUUGUGGAAGUGAACCCAAUAAUGAGGAAAGAGAUCAAAUUCUCUUCUUACAGAAAGGUGCCUAUCCUGCUAGCCAAUGCUGGAAGCCCUCUGCAAUUGAAUGACUCUUCGGUGAUCAUCAGUGCAAUAAAGACCUAUCUCAUUUCCAAGAGGAAUAGCUUAGAAGAGAUUGUGUCCUUUUAUCCUCCUAUGAAAACUGUGACUGAGCAAGGCAAGGAGGUAUUUGAGUAUGGGAAUAAAUACUGGCUUAUGCUGGAUGAGAAGGAGACAAAGCGAGUCUAUCCUGUCAAAGAAGUGAGAGUGGAAGAAAUGAAAUGGAGAAAAUGGGCAGACGAUUGGCUUGUUCACCUCAUCUCCCCCAAUGUUUACCGUACCCCCAGAGAAGCCUUGGCAUCUUUUGAUUACAUUGUCCGCGAGGGAAAGUUUGGCACUGUGGAAGGUUUCUUUGCCAAGUACAUGGGGGCUGUUGCAAUGUUCUUCAUUAGCAAGAGGCUGAAAAAGAGACAUCACCUUCAAGAUAAUGUCCGAGAAGACUUGUAUGAAGCAGUUAAUGAGUGGGUAAAAGCUGUUGGUAAACAUCGACUGUUCAUGGGUGGAACCCAGCCGAACCUUGCUGACUUGGCGGUGUAUGGGGUCCUCCGAGUCAUGGAGGGGCUGGAAGCCUUUGACGACAUGAUGGUUCACACCAAGAUUCAGCCUUGGUACCAGCGCAUGGAAGAAGUCAUUCAAAAAGCUGAAGUUGCAGUCUGAUGCCAGCUGCAGCUGCCUUCCCGAAGUACUUGCAUGGUAAAAAAAACUUCAGAAGGGAUGGCAUUUAUUUUUUUUAAGAGUUGAAUGGACUGGUUCACACCUCAUGGACUGAUGUGCAGACACAGAGACUGUCCCGUUUAGAGGAUCAAGUGUCAGUGAGCACAAGGGAUCCAGCUGGGUGCAUGUUUGACCACCAUAUUUAGAAGGGCGGGGACAGAUAAAGGGAAGGGAUCUUGGAGGCUGCUGGAAAGGAGAAGCUCUGAACUGAAGAAUGCAGCAAAUAGGCUUCUUGUAGGCGAGAGCCAUUCUCGGAGCAGGUUACUGUAAAAACGAGCCGCUCUUGGCUAAUAAGUGUUACAGCCGUAUCGGAUAUGGUAGGUCUGAGCAGCUUUUGCUUCAGGCUGUCUUCCGCUACUCAUCCGUGUCAUCGGAAGUGUUUUCCUGACUGAGACACUGGAUACUAGUUUUUAAAUGAUAAUUUUUCCAGCAAUAGAAUCCUGUAAGCCCAGUGGCCAGGGGAACUGGAGUAAUCCACGGUACUGGGAAAGGCAUCCUUCCUGUGAUGGAAACGAUGCUGCACUUGGCAGAUUGUGUGCUUUUACUCUUCCAUGUAAACGGUUCUUUCAGUACUUGAUUCUGUACGGUCUGCAAGGAUAAAGGCUUGCUUCUUCUG